CCCGCCUGCCCUUCCCGCCCCGCUCUUCUCUUCCCGUCUGAGGUGGUGGUUGGCCUCGCCUCCUCGUCAGCUCCAUUUUACUUCUCCUCCCGUCUUCCCCUUUCCCCAGCGCCUCCCGCCUCCUGAGGGUGGCUGCACAGCCCCUGCGCUUUCUCCUUUCUCGGGUGCUGCGUCCUAGCCCUGCCCCGCCAUGAAUGAGGAGUACGACGUGAUCGUGCUGGGCACUGGCCUGACGGAAUGCAUCCUGUCAGGUAUAAUGUCAGUGAAUGGAAAGAAAGUUCUUCACAUGGAUCGAAACCCGUAUUAUGGAGGAGAAAGUGCAUCUAUAACACCACUAGAAGAUUUAUACAAAAGAUUUAAAAUACCAGGAUCACCACCAGCAUCAAUGGGGAGAGGAAGAGACUGGAAUGUUGACUUAAUUCCCAAAUUCCUUAUGGCUAAUGGUCAGCUGGUUAAGAUGCUGCUUUAUACAGAGGUCACUCGCUAUCUGGAUUUCAAAGUGACUGAAGGGAGCUUUGUCUAUAAGGGAGGAAAAAUCUACAAAGUUCCUUCCACUGAAGCAGAAGCCCUGGCAUCUAGCUUAAUGGGACUGUUUGAAAAGCGUCGCUUCAGGAAAUUCCUAGUGUAUGUUGCCAGCUUUGAUGAAAAAGAUCCCAGAACUUUUGAGGGUGUUGAUCCUAAGAAGACCACCAUGCGGGAUGUGUAUAAGAAAUUUGAUUUGGGCCAAGAUGUUAUAGACUUUACUGGUCAUGCUCUUGCACUUUACAGAACUGAUGACUACUUAGAUCAACCAUGUUGUGAAACGAUUAAUAGGAUUAAACUUUACAGUGAGUCUUUGGCAAGGUAUGGCAAAAGUCCAUACCUGUAUCCACUCUAUGGCCUUGGAGAACUGCCACAAGGAUUUGCAAGGCUAAGUGCUAUUUAUGGAGGGACCUACAUGCUGAAUAAGCCAAUUGAAGAAAUCAUUGUGCAGAAUGGAAAAGUGAUUGGUGUAAAAUCUGAAGGAGAGGUUGCUCGCUGUAAGCAGCUCAUCUGUGACCCAAGCUAUGUGAAAGAUCGGGUGGAGAAGGUGGGCCAGGUGAUCCGAGUCAUUUGCAUCCUCAGCCACCCCAUCAAGAAUACCAAUGAUGCCAACUCCUGCCAGAUCAUUAUUCCACAGAACCAGGUCAACAGAAAGUCAGACAUCUAUGUCUGCAUGAUCUCCUCUGCACACAAUGUGGCGGCUCAGGGGAAGUACAUUGCCAUAGUUAGUACAACGGUGGAGACCAAGGAACCCGAGAAAGAAAUCAGGCCUGCUUUGGAGCUUCUGGAACCAAUUGAACAGAAAUUUGUUAGCAUCAGUGACCUCCUUGUACCAACAGAUUUGGGAAAAGAAAGCCAGAUCUUCAUUUCCCGCACAUAUGAUGCUACAACUCACUUUGAGACAACCUGCGAUGACAUUAAAGACAUCUAUAAGAGGAUGACAGGAUCAGAGUUUGAUUUUGAGGAGAUGAAGCGCAAGAAAAAUGACAUCUAUGGGGAAGACUAACAGCAGUAUAUGUUAUUAUCUAAUUAGGACAAAUUUAAAAUUUGCAAAUAAUGCGUAUUGUAUGAAAUCGAUAUUGUAAAAGGCCUGCUUUUGUAAUCAGACGGAGAGAUUGGAGAGUGCUUAGCAGUAAUGCUCCUCCCCUUCCUCUUCCUAAUAUCAUGUAUUAACUUGUUCUUAUGGAUGGCUAUUCAGAAUUGGCAGGUUACCACAUUCUGUUGUUCAGUUUAACCAAACUGGCUUUUUUUCCUAGUGAAGGAUCAGUUUUAAACAUUGUGAUACUGAUACAGAGAACUUGAUACAGUAUUUGUAUCUUUUAAUCAGUGUAGCCUUUGCAGUUAGUGCUUCUGCUGCUCAGAGCUGGAUCCUUACAGUUUGUGUGCCACCUGUCCUCUUGACAUUAAGGAGAUUCUAAAUUGCAUAUUCAUAAUUUGGGACAGCAUCCCUAAGUUUUCCCUAUAACUUUAUAUUUUGUGUUAUGUCAAGUAUUAUGGCAGGGCCCAAAUGAUAUAGCCACACUUUGGUUUAUGUGGGCAUAAAAUUCGAACCAAACUCGAGAUCUAGGAAGUCCUUUGGAGGAAGCCAGUAUGUGCUGUUUUAACCUAGUAAAAUGGAUGAGAGAAAGGGGAGAGGAACCGGCCAUAAAAGCAGGUGAGAAGUAGAAGCAUCUUGUGUCCUGGUGUGACUUCUUCAACAGACCAAGCUGCACUGCAGUAUUGAUUUGACAGAGCCUCUGCUUCAAUAUUGUCUGUCUCAGAAUGGCUCCAAAUGAUUUCUGUACUGAAAAAUAAAGCCAAACUCUGGAAGCCA